AUGGCAAAUAAUUUAGAGAGUGGCGAUAAUUUAGUCUCUGCAACUUUGAGAACUAGAUUAAAUAACUUUGAAAUUUAUAUUUCUGAUCCAAUACGACACCUACCUUUAUACAUCAACAAUGCACAAUCAACUACAUUAAAAAAAAAGUUACAAGAUCAACUGAACGAAAAUACUACUCAAAUACAAUUAACUGCUGACUUAAGUACUGCUCUUGCAAAACGACGAUUAGAACUAGAAAGGCAAAUAAAAGAGUUAGAUAAAAUUGAAUAUAAUGACGUCCCUCAAGAAUUAAGAAAUAAAUUAACUGACCUUGAAAAAGAAGAUAGAUUUAUAUAUCAAAACUCUGCAAAGGUAGCAUUAGGGUUAAAUUUACCGAAUGUUUUUGUUCCAACGGUGCCUGCUGUAGAAAAGUCAACAACUUCAACUACGUCAUCAGGAAGAGCCUCAAAGCGUGAUCGUAUCACUACAAAAAGUCAAAUAGGUAUAGAGUUUGCUACAGAAAUAGGUCAAGGCUUAUUGCAAGAGGUUAGGCGUCUACAAGCUCUAUUACAUGAAAAAGAAGGAAUAACAAAAGAACUAGAGGUUGAAAAGGCUGAAUUAGAGCGUACCAUUGAACAACUUAAUAAAAACUUACGAGCACAUCAGGAAUCUAAAGUUUGGGCUCUGGAAUUAACUAAGUUAGAUCUUAAUGCUCAGUUAGAAGACUUACAGCAACAAAUUUCCAAAUCUCGUAGUGAUUACGCAAAGAUUGAAAAAGCACUCACAACCGCAACUGAUAUUAUAGAACAACUUAAAGAGAAAGAAAUAAAAUUAACUUCAGCACUCUCAACCGCAACUGAUGUUAUAGAACAGUUUAAAGAGAAAGAAGAAAGAUUAACUUCAAAUUUAAAAAUUCUAUUUGAAAAAGAUACAGGAAAAGAUCAUAAAACCAUCGACGAUUUAAAAUCUCAAUUGAAAUCUCUCUUAACAGUUUCUGGUUCAAAUAGUGUUUCAUAUAUGGAAAAUGAUAAAAUUCUUAACGGUGAUGACAAUGAUUCCAAAAUUUCUUUGGAAUUAUCUAACGAAAAUCCGAAUGUUGGAAUUAAAACCAUUAAUACACUUGAUGUUGCUAACUGUGUGAUUAAUAUCCUUUGCGACAUUCUUAAAAAGGAUGAAGUUCAUAAAUUAAAGAUGUUAGCUGAUAGUCAAGAACAAGAUCUAUUUGAGAUUAUGCAUAGUGAGGAAUGUUCUGAUGCCACUCCUAAAAAAGUCCAAAAAAUACAAGAUGGUUCAUCUACAACAUUUGAACUUUCUAAUGCCGCUAAAAAUAAUAAGAUUGAAAACGAUAGGAGUGAUGAAUGGGAAAUAAUUUAA